GAGACCUUGUACUCUACACGGUCUACUGUACAUUGGAUUUAGUCAAGCGUGCGCUACGUCCAGCGACGACAAAGUGCGCUGUUAUUGUCUUUUCGUUUACCUAUUGUCCCGCUUAAGCUUGUGGUCCGUCUUUCGUAUUUUGUUAACUGAGUCUUUUGUCUGCUUAGACGCAGGAGCCGUUUUUCUUUCGUCCGUGGUCUUAUACCUACCUCUACUUACAAGAGCAUUCGUUCGUACUUAUACUCGCAGUAUCGAGCUCGUAUACCUCAGACGUUCACAUCCGCGUGCACGAUCUGAGCGUCUCUGCUUGAUAUAGAUCCACGUGAUACGACUUUAUAACUUGCACAUCUACACCUAGUCACAAACAACCAUGUCCGAGCAGGAGAGAAAAGAGAUCAACGCUUUCAUCUCUUUUUUCGCAACUUUCAACCUAGCCCGACCAGUCACCACCGUCGCCGACCUCAGCGACGGCGCCGCGCUCUUCGAUGUUCUCGCCCUAGUAGACGCAAACUACUUCAGGCAAUCCAGCAGGUCCUCCACCCAGCUCUCCGACAACUGGGUUCUCCGAUUCAGCGCCCUAAAGCGUCUCUACCGGCUCCUCACGCAGUACUUUGCCGAAGUGCUGCAGAAGCCCACGAGCGGGCUUGAAGUGCCGGAUUUGCAGGCGAUUGCGAAAGACCGCCAUGUCGGCGCGACGCUCAUCAUGUGCCGGAUAACGAUCGCGAUCGCGGUGCAGUGUGAGCAGAACAAGGAGAUUAUUGAUCGGAUUCAGAAGUUGAGCGAGGGCGAUCAGCAUUUUUUGAUGAAGGCUAUUGAGCAGGUUAUGAUCAAGAUUAGUGCUUCGCAGGGGGAUGUCAGUGUCGGAGAAGCAAGCAUGACGGAAGACGACCACUACUACCGCAUCCAGUCUGAAAGAAGCCAGAUCCUUUCAGAGAAGGAAACGGUAGAGAAGGUCUACCAGGCACUUAUUGAAGAGCACCGAACGCUACAGACAAAUUACGACGACGCGGUAUCCGAGAAGGAUGAUGCAGUGACACGGUUACGAGAAGCACAAAGGGACAUUGAGAGCAAGCGCAAUGACAAUGCGUACGGUAUGAUGCGCGCUGAGAUCGAGCGCCUUCGAACUGAACUCCAAAAGAGCGAAGACAAUCUUGCCAUGGCGGAGGCUGAGCUUGACAAACACACGAUGUUGGUGACUGAUCUUACGCGGCGAAUUGAUGAGUUGCAAGUUAAAGCCGACGAGGGUGCGCGCCUCAAAGACCAACUAGACGAGUAUCGGCAUGCUGCGGAUAAACUACAAAAGACCGAAAACGUCAUGGAGAAGUAUAAAAAGAAACUUCAAGAGGGCGCUGACCUACGACAACACGUCAAGUCUCUAGAGAAACAAAAUGCCGAUCUCGUCGACAAGAACGCAUCGCUCGAGGAAGACUACCGCAAGGUUGCCGCAUUCAAGCCACUCAUGGAAUCUUAUAAGAACCAGAUCGCUGAACUUGAAGGAAAGGUCACGACACGGUCACAAGAGGUGGAGACAGUGAAGUUCGAGUUGGACCAAACCCGUACGAAGUUGAAGAUUGCUUCCGAGGAGCGCAAGAAGGAUACCGAGAUGUUGGAGCUUUAUCAGGAGCGUAUGCGCGAGCUGGAGUUAACCUCGCAUCGGGCGCCCACCACACUGAAGACGGAAACGCAGGCGACAGAGCCUUCGGGGAACACCGAUGAGCUCACUGAGGAAGAACUCAUGGGCGACUCGUUUGGUCUUGAUGGAGAGCUAGAUGACGCUAUCACAGGGACGACGAUGACGGAUUUGAAGCUGCAGGUAAAGAGGUUGCAACGAGAGUUGCAGUCUGUCAAGAAGAACGAAGCCGAUGCGAGCCGUAUACUAGUCCUGCAGAACCUGCUAGAGGACGCUAAUAGGAUGAAGGCACGCUACGAAGCGGAUUAUAUGGCUGCACAUCGAGAAAAGCUGGUGUUACAACGCGACCUCGAGGAGAUCCGAAGUGGUAAAGCGCUAGGAGACGGGCCGGAAGCUGCGAUUGCUCUACGACAACGUCUUAAUGAGACGGUCGAGCAGUUGGACUCUUUGCGGAAAGAGCACGCCGAGCUGGAAGUCGCUUUCGAGACUCAGAAGAGGGAGUUGACAAUUGCCAAGUCAGAUCUGAAUCUUGUCAACAAGGACCAGCUCGAUAUACUUGCAUCAUUGCGAGAAUCGCUCAACGAAGACAAGGCGGGGAUGGAAGCUGACAUGAAUCGCUUGAAGAACCAGAUUAGGGAGCUGAGCGAGAAGAAUAAGAUGCAACUGGAGCAGGUCAAUGGGCUCCUGCUAGAGAAGGUGAACUUGCAGAGCGACGGUAUUGGCCAGAGGGAGAAGAUGCUCCAGCGUGAGCGAGUCUUUGGUGACCUGCGAGCGUCUCUAGCUGGCAAAGACGUGCCGGAAGACAUCAAGUCGAGGUUACUAACAUUGCAUGAAGAUAAUGUGAUUGUCAAGGAACAGUUGAAAACUGCGCAAGAUAAGCUUGCCAAAGCACGGCAGUUUAUCAAGUCUCAAGACAAACUUUUCAAGGAGGAGCAAGCGAAACUCGGUGGCCGUUCGACAUCCUCUUUCGAAGAGGCUGAGGGCAGCUUCCAAACUCAAAUCAAAGAUCUGAAGGAGGAACUUCAACGCGAGAGGGCGCAGCGCCUGGACGCCGACAAGCAACGCCGCAAAGAGCUUGCGCUGAUGUCGAGCUGCGUGCUCAACAACGGCAUGGUGAAGCUUCGAAACUCGUCAAAUCCGUCCAAAGGCAAGCCUGCUCCCACUGCAUGGCUCCCGCGACAACGGAUGGCGCUUGGAUCUGGACUUCAGCGGUACUAAGUCUGAUCUUCAUUCAUGUUUGUGGACGCAUUAAAGAUACCCGGCACACUAGUUUACUACCCAUUUCAUGUAUAGCAUUAAUCAUUCUGGAUUCAUGUGGAUAGACCGUA